GUAGCACGUGUGCCUUUCGUUCAGAGAGAAAUUCAGAUUUGUCAGAUUUGUGUAAAGUUUGUAACAAGUCACAGAAAAAAAAAAAAAAAAAAUUUGUGAAAUUUCUUGAAAUAAAAUUUUUUUUUGAAAAUGGACCGCAUAUCAGCGUACGCCGCUUACGGUCUAGCGCCAAAGAAGACAUCGAAGCGUUCCACAAUGAAGAUAGCGAAACAUUUUUCAAAAAAGAAUGCAAAGAAAACUAAAGAAGCUAUGGCGGCCAAGAAGGAAGCUCGUAAGGCAGCUGCAAAGGCUGCUCUAAGAGAGGUAAGAAAAUUAGAACGAAAGGCCGCGGCAGACAAAGCCGCAAAGAUAGCCGCAGAUAAAGCCGCAGAUAAAGCAGCAGCCAAAGCCGCAGCCAAAGCAGCAAAGAAAGCUGCAAAGAGAGAGAAGAAUAUAGCUAAAAAGCAACCAGAGAAGUCAGCUGCAGGGGUGACAGAGAACGUGCAGAAGCAACUAGAAAAUGGGCAGGAGAAUAACGGAACGUUGAUCAAUCUGUCAAACGGCAAACAGCACCAGAAGCCGAAGGCCGCCAAAAUGAGCAGCUCGAACGGCAGUUUUUCGGGCAUCGACAGCGAUUUUCUAAACAGCAGCGAUUUCGGCUCCACUGAAGACAGCUUUAUGAGCGGCAGUGGCGAUAGCUUCGAUUAUAGCAACAAUAGCGAUUUUGACUUUGACAGCGAUGGUGACUCGAAUGAUUUCGAUGACAGCGAUGCCGCUGCCAGCAGCUGCGCCAGUUGUGAGUAUUUCGAUAUGGACUCCAAUAUGGUGGUUGGCCAAGAGAGCGACACUAACGGUAAUAGCUACAUGCAUAACGGUACAACUCAAAGCGAAGAUCAAUUCACUGAGGAAUACACGCUGAGCAGCAUUUUCAACAGCACCAGCAGCAGCGGCGCCAAUCCGAUUAAAGUCGAGCCACGCAAAGCAGCCAAGCGCAACGAGCCUUUCGACCUGAACAACAAUAAGAAUAAGCCGACUGCAGCCAAGCAGCCGAAGAUGUCCCUGAAGCAGGAGCAAGCCCAGGUGGGCAAGCAGCGCGCCGAUCCGGCGCCAUCGUGCCCGUUGCCGCCGCGUCCAUCGAAGACAAUGAUCAAGUCGUGUCCGCUGCCACCCAAGGCACCGGCUGCCAAGCCCGUGCCGAACAAGUGCCGCCUGAGCAGCCGCGAAUCUCUGACCAAAACCGGUGCCAAAUCGUGCCGCCUCUCCAGUGCUCCGGCCGACAAGAUGGCCAACAAAAUGGCGGCCCCGUCGCGCAAGUCUAGCAGCAAGAACAAAAACAACGAUAACAACAACAUCGAUACCAACAACAAGAAGGAUGCCAACAACAAGAAGGAUGCCAACAACAACAAGGAUAUCAACAACAAGAAGGAUGCCAACAACAACAAGGAUACCAACAACAACAAGGAUAACAACAACAAGAACAAGCUGAGCUCGAACGUUUCACAGCUGGUGACCGGCAAUGAGAAGCAACGUGGUCCGGUGCAUUUGGAGAACAGCAUCGAGGAGGGCAAACGCAUGCUGAACUGGCUGUUGAAUCCGAUAACCUCGGAGACCUUCUUCGAGCAGUACUGGGAGCGCAAUGCAUGCCAAGUGAAGCGCAAGCAGCCAAACUACUUCACCCAGCUGAUCUCGUUCCAGAUGAUUGACGAGAUGCUAAUAGAGAACCAGUUGGAGUUCACCACCAACAUUGACGUGACCACCUAUAAGAAGGGCGUGCGCCAGACCCUGAAUCCCGUGGGCCGCGCCAUGUCCCCAGCCAUUUGGGGCUACUACGGCGAUGGGUGCAGCAUCCGCAUCCUGAACCCGAGCACCUAUUUGCCCAAGCUGCGUCAGCUGUGCAGCACAAUGCAGGAGUUCUUCCACUGCCUCGUCGGGGCAAAUGUCUAUCUGACUCCGCCGAACAGCCAGGGAUUCGCGCCACACUACGACGACAUCGAGGCCUUCGUCAUCCAGGUGGAGGGCCGCAAGCGCUGGCGCCUGUACGCCCCACCGCACCAGUCCGAUGUGCUGGCACGCACCUCCUCGGGCAACUACAAGCAGGAGGAGCUAGGCCAGCCGCUCUUCGAUGCCGUCCUCGAGGCGGGCGACAUUCUCUACUUCCCUCGCGGCACCGUCCACCAGGCCGUCACCGAACCGAAGCAGCACUCGCUUCACAUCACUCUCAGCGUCUAUCAGCAGCAGGCGUACGCCAAUCUACUGGAGGUGCUGAUGCCGUCCGUCUUGGAGCGCGCCAUCAAGCACCAUCUUUCGCUGCGUCGCGGGCUGCCGCUGCACAUCUGGCAGCACGUCGGCCUGGCCAAGGGCGGCCAGCAGAGCGAGCAGCGCGACCAGCUCAUGAAUAGCACCAAGCAACUCGUCCAGCGCUACCUGGUGCCCACCGAGGCCCAGAUCGACGCUGCCGUGGAUCAGCUGGCCAAGCGUUUCCAGCACGAGGCGCUGCCGCCCUACAUCAAGCCCGAGGAGAGCAUGCGCACCGUCUUUGGGUCGCGCAGCUUGACUGAUAGCCGCGGCCAGUGCCUCUGCGACUACGAGCUGACCGAGAAGACCAAGGUCCGUCUACUACGCGCCAACAUCCUGCGCCUGGUGGCCGACGGCAGCAGCCUGCGCGUCUACUACUACGUGGACAACGCUCUCGAGUACUGCAAGAACGAGCCCAACUACAUGGAAAUCCAGCCCACUGAGGCGCCCGCCGUCGAGGCCCUGAUGACCACCUAUCCGGCCUAUUUGAAGGUUGGCAAGCUGCCCCUGCGCAGCGCUGACCGUCGCAUCGAGGUGGCCACGGCCCUCUGGGAGCGCGGACUACUCAUGACCGAGAAGCCCUUCAAAUAAAUCCAAAUAUGUAUCUAUAAAUGGCUGCAGCUAGCCCAUCCUACACAAACUCAAACAUGCGCUGUGAUUCUCCGCGUUAAUCAAGCACACUAAAACAAUCCUCGUUAAUUGUAACUGUAACAACUAACCAUACACCCUCAUACACUACCGCACACUUUGUAAUACACCGAGUUAAUCGCACACACAUUCUGACCUGAUAUAUUGUACUCCACUGCACUACUUUGCUAUAAAUGAAUAAUAUAAUUGUACUCCACACACAUAUCCUGUAAUGGUAUGCUAUAAUUCCAGCAAGGCCAACUCUACUCAACAAAUCAAAAUGUCUUCUAAAGAAAUGUGUCCAACGCGAAUGAAAAAUAAAGUAUUUUUUUAUAAAAAAUGUA